CUAACCCGACACGAAGGGGAACGACGACAAUCGCGCGCAAUGAAGGAACCACUCCUGCUCUUAACGGUCGCUUCGCAGAUACUGCACGUGGUGAAAGAGUUUCCCCAGCUGCUCACGGUAGUGCUUUGCCUGGUUGGGCUUGUGUACGUGAUCAACAGUGAUCGUAAGGCAUGGAAUAACAGUACGAAGAAAAGUGUCAAAUAUUAUCUGAACAAACUGCCGGGACCGCAAUGUUUGCCGCUGCUGGGAAACUCGCUGAUGAUGGCAACCGAUCGGGAAGACCUGUUCAACUGGCUGAUCAUGGCACGCAAAUGCUACGGCCGCCGACAGGGCAUGUGCCGCAUCUGGAACGGGACGGCUCCGUACGUGCUCAUCUCGAAGGCGGAGAUCGUCGAACGGAUCCUCAGCAGUAGCACCAACAUCGAAAAGGGCCGCGACUACGACUUUCUGCGCCCUUGGCUGGGCAAUGGACUGCUCACGUGCCCUGGGAGCAAGUGGUACAAACGCCGCAAGACGCUCAAUCCGACCUUCAACUACCGGAUGCUGUCGAACUUUUUGGAAGUUUUCAACCGGCAAGCCCGAACGAUGGUUCGGUUUAUGGAGAAGCAGCUGACGAUGGCGGGCGGCGACGGUGGGUUCGAUUGUUCGAGAUAUGCGGCUUUGUGCUCGCUGGAUAUUCUGUGCGAGACGGCCAUGGGGUGCUCGAUUAACGCUCAGGAGCAAUUCGGAUCAGAAUACGUGAAGGCACACGAAGAAAUCGGGAAGAUCAUGCUGGAACGCUUGCGGAAAAUUUGGCUCCACCCGGAUUUCAUUUACCGACGUACAAACUACUACAAACGACAAGUGGAAUGUCUAAAGGUUCUACACGAUUUCUCGGAGAAAGUCAUACAACAGCGACGCAUUCAACGAGAGUCCUCGCUGAUAAACGAACAAAACGACGGACACUCCAAAGAGAUAGGCAGCAAACGCCAUCUGGCGUUCCUGGAUCUUCUACUGGAAGCCUCCCAAGAUGGUCAACCUCUCAGUGAUCGCGACAUCCGCGAUGAAGUGGAUACCUUCAUCCUGGGAGGUCACGACACCACAGCUACCGCAAUCGGAUGGCUGCUCUACCUGUUGGGAACGGAUCUCCAGGUGCAGGAUCGUGUCUUUGAAGAAAUCGAUUCCAUCAUGGAGCACGAUCGCGACCGAUUUCCCACCAUGAGCGAACUCAACGAGAUGAAAUACCUGGAGUGCUGCAUCAAGGAAGCUCUCCGGCUGUUCCCCAGCAUUCCGCUGAUAGCGAGAAGACUAACCGAAACAGUCACCGUUGGAGAGUACACCAUCCCCGCCGGAACCAAUGCCGUGAUCGUUGUCUACCAGCUGCAUCGGGAUACGGAAGUCUUCCCGAACCCGGACAAGUUCAAUCCAGAUCGGUUCCUCCCGGAAAACGCUCAAGGACGCCAUCAGUAUGCCUACAUCCCAUUCAGUGCCGGGCCACGGAACUGCAUCGGCCAAAAAUUUGGCCUCCUCGAAGAGAAGGCCGUGACGGUGGCGGUUCUACGGAAAUAUCGAAUCGCAUCGCUCGAUCGGCGAGAAGAUCUAACCUUGUACGGCGAGCUGGUGCUCAAAUCGAAAGACGGACUACGAAUUAGCAUCUCCCGGAGACAAUAGCCUAGAAUUGAUUGCUUGAAUAAAAUCUGAUCAAC